AUGAUAAUGUUUUGCACUAUUGAUAUCAUCGGUCAUUACACACGUGUCAUUUUUUUCCAGGGUUUGGAUAAGACUAAAAAUCAACAUUUUGCUGGUGGAAAUACUUAUUGGGAGGAGAAAAAAUUGGGAAAAUUCAUCACGAGUGAAACGAGAUUAUUGGAAGCUAUGGAAUAUGUGUGCAAAAAAAAGUACGUUCAAAAUUGGGAUAAGUACAAGGAUAUUAAAAAUCUUGAAUUUAAGUGUAUGCAGUUAGUUGAAGAAUCAGAGGAUAAUAUUGAAAAUUGGUAUUUUCAUAAGCAGAGUUCUGAUCCCGAUAUCCUGCUAUGGUUAUGUCAUGGAAAACUUCGAUUAUGUUGCAGUGAAGGACACUAUGGUGCUGAGUGUAGUCCUUGCCCUGGUGUUAAACAGAACGUAUCAGUUUGUUCUGAUCAUGGGUCUUGUCAGGGUGAUGGUUCUCGAGAAGGAACUGGUAAAUGUGUUUGUCACAAAGGUUACGUUGGCUUUAUGUGCAGCAACUGUGAUGCAAACUACUACGCUGUUCCGAAUAUUUCUGUUUUCACUUGUAACGAAUGUCAUCAGUCAUGUAAAGGUGGAUGUUUUAAUAGUGGACCGGAAAAUUGUAAAGAGUGUCAUACUGGCUGGAUUAUGAGUGAUAAUCAUAAAUGUGAAGACAUUAAUGAAUGUGAAAGUGAAAAUCGGUGUAGUGGUAAACAUAUGAAGUGUCAUAAUUUAGAAGGUUCUUACGAAUGUGUAUGUGAGGAAGGAUUUGUUAUAGACUCUAAGGGUAAUUGCAAAAUCAAUGUCGAAGCGUCAGCUGAAGAAAUGUGGAUACCACCCAGCAGAUUACUUCGUUCAUUUUCGAUUUCCAGCUUUUGUAUAUUAAUUUCUCUGGUCAUUUGGCGACGAUCACUUAGUUUAUCUAUCUUUGCUACUAUAUGUGCACUUAUUAUAUUGCUUAUUGAGUUUUAUUUUGAUCACAGUUCAUUCUUUGAACUUUCGCAUUAUUUACUUUAA